AUGAGUCAACAGGAUAAUCCAAAGACAACAGCGUCCUCAACAGAUAACGCUCCGAAAGCUUUAGAAGAGCAAUUGACUCGGAUGUAUGAGUCAUUCAGCGAUUUUAAUGACGCCACAAACCUCACUAGUACACCACUGCAAUCUUCCAACGACAAUGAGCGACAAGAGAACCCUACGACAGCAAGAUCCGAAAAAUUCUCCGAGUCUGCAGAUAUCAAAACAACUGGAAUACAAAGACUUGAAGAUCUUCAAAGAGCACGUUAUUUGAACAAAAAAGAUACCGAUUUAGAAAAGAAUAAGCAACAAGAAGAAUCAAAAGCAACGAUAAAGAAAAAACGCCCAUCAUGUUGGGUCACCACAACGUGGGUUCUGACCUGCUGGACUCCACCUGUCCUGUUGAAAGCAUGUGGUAUAAAGGAUAAAGGCAUGCAGCAAAUCUGGCGUGAGAAGGUUUCGUUAGUCAUGAUCAUCGUCUUUCUCUGUGCCUUUGUCGGAUUUUUAACGUUUGGUUUUAAUGCUACUGUCUGUGGUAUAACCCCAAAUAGAAUCCGUCCUACUGGCGUUGAAGAGAGUCAUAUUGUUAUCUCAGGAAGAGCAUUUGAUUUGAAAACAUUUAGACAUCCAAGUCCCGUACCAGGUAUGCCGCAAAGUGGUGAUCUUCAAGAGUUAGGUAUCGGAGGAAGAGACUUGUCAUUUUUAUUCCAAACUGUAAAUUACAACUGCAAGAGCAUAUUGAAGCCUAUCAUUCCAGAUGAUCAAGAGGGCAACGUAGUAAACUAUUUUCCGUGUGUUUCUUUGGAUAGAUAUAAUCCGAAAAUAAAUUCCACCGAUAACCCUCAACGAAUAGGAUGUCAUGCUACACCCAGGGCAAGAGUGUCCCUUAAAAGACUAAAUGUCAUCGGUGAUGUCUACUAUAACUGGACUGAUAUUCACGAACCAGGAACCAGUUUAAUGGUUUUUAAUGGAAAUGUACUAGACUUAUCUCGACUACGAUACUUGACACCAAACAUUCCUUUACCCAUUCAAAUUGCCCAAAUUGUGGGUCCAGGAAGCGCUUUUAUAGGAAGAGAUGCAACUUACUGGCUUAGCACAACAGCCGAUCGACUGAAACUUGGCAAGUGUCUAACCGAUAUUCUAAAAGUUGGCGUGGUAGACACUCGUUCGACCGGUUGCUUACUAAGUGAUAUUGUCCUAUACAUAUCACUUGCUGUCAUUCUUGGUGUCGUCUUCAUUCGAUUCUUUUUAGCACUAUUCUUUGGAUGGUUUAUUUCUUGGAACCUUGGAUCGAUCAGAGAAGAAACGGACGAAGAUAGAAAAAAAAGACAGAACCAGGUUCUUGAAUGGGAAAUGAAUAAUGUAGAAGAGAUGCAUUACCGUCGAACGAACAGUAUCGUCUUUCCGCGAGAUGAACCGGGAAUAGAUCCAUCUGCCAGUGAAUUAAGAAACAUACCGGAAGAAAUCACCAUGACCCCAUCGCUAGCACUACCCAAGAAUACCAAGCAUAGGUUUUUCCCCUCAAAGUCUCGUUUCACUCAACCACAGUCACCACGGUCCAUGUACUCUCCCAAUCACUCAAGAGCGUUUGGAUCCAUGUUAUUUGCAGAUGACCAUACAGUCGAGAUAGCUUCCCCUCAUAUCCCGUACACCUUGAGCACAAGGUUUUACAAAAACUUUGAACCUAGUUUGCCCACAGCCGAAUCUGCAGCAAAUAUUCAAGCUAAAAAGGAAUACAACUUCAAUUUUGAUUUGAUUCAUACGCUCAUGGUUGUCACUUGCUAUUCAGAAGGAGAAGAAGGCCUUCGUACCACAUUGGAUUCUUUGGCUAAUACAGAUUAUCCCUCUUCUCACAAAAUGUUAUUGGUUAUUUGUGAUGGUAUUAUCACUGGCUCUGGUAACUCAAAAUCGACACCUGACAUCGUCUUGACCAUGAUGAAAGACGAUCUUAUUCCAAAAGACAGAGUGAAACCUUACUCAUAUGUGGCUAUUUCCGAUGGUGUUAAAAGACACAACAAGGCAAAGGUCUAUGCUGGCUAUUAUAAAUACAAUACAGAUGAAGAUGGUCGAUUCCCUGUCAUUCCCGAAGACAAACAGCAACGUGUGCCUAUGGUUGUUGUAGUCAAAUGUGGAACUGAAAUGGAAGCAAGGGAGAAAAAGCCAGGAAACAGAGGCAAACGAGACAGUCAGGUUAUCUUGAUGAACACAAUGCAAAAGAUAUUUUAUGGAGAGAGAAUGUGUGAGCUGGAAUAUCAGCUUUGUAAAGCCAUCAUAAAAUUAACUGGCCUUCAUCCCGGACGGUUCGAGACUUGCUUAAUGGUUGAUGCAGACACAAAAGUGUAUCCAGACUCGUUAGCAAGAAUGAUUGCCUGUAUGUCAAGAGAUCCUUAUAUCAUGGGCCUAUGUGGAGAAACCAAGAUUGCAAACAAAAGUGAUAGCUGGGUAACAGCAAUUCAAGUAUUUGAAUAUUAUAUCUCGCAUCAUAUGAGCAAAGCAUUUGAAUCCGUCUUUGGUGGUGUUACUUGCUUACCUGGCUGCUUCUGUAUGUACCGUAUUGUUGCAAGAAAAGGAGAUCGUAUUGUUCCUAUCUUUUGUUCCUCUGACAUCGUUGAGAUGUACUGCGAAAAUGUGGUUGAUACACUUCACAAAAAGAAUCUUCUGUUGUUAGGUGAAGAUCGAUUUUUAACUACUCUUAUGCUUCGAACAUUCCCAAAGAGAAAGAUGAUGUUUGUACCUCAAGCUAUUUGUAAAACAGUUGUACCCGACACAUUCCGUGUUCUUUUAUCACAAAGAAGACGAUGGAUUAACUCUACAGUUCACAACCUCUUGGAACUUUUGCUUAUCAGAGAUCUCUGCGGUACCUUUUGUUUCUCGAUGCAGUUUGUCGUGUUUAUGGAACUUGUUGGCACAGUUGUGCUUCCAGCUGCUAUCUUGUUUACCAUAUACCUCGUUGUCAUUUCGUUCUUUGUUAGACCAGUGCCUAUCAUUCCCUUGAUGUUAUUGGCAGCUGUCUUGGGCCUACCAGCUAUCUUGAUCUCACUCACUACUCGCAAGAUGAUUUAUAUAGGCUGGAUGUGCGUCUAUUUACUUUCGUUACCUUUAUGGAACUUUGUAUUACCAGCCUAUGCUUACUGGCAUUUUGAUGACUUUUCUUGGGGACAGACCCGUCUUGUGGAAGGCGGUGAAAACAAGGAAGAUCAUGGUAAACGUGAGGGUGAAUUUGAUAGUUCUGGUAUCGUAAUGAAGCGAUUUGAUGAGUGGCAUAGAUACGAAAUGAAUAUAGUCAAGGAAAAGCACACAUCUUCAUCAACUAGAAACUAUUCCAACGUCUAUUAUGGACAUUAG